UGUUAUUUUGAAGAACUGUUGUAGGAUUUCAACCAUGUAGUUCUUUGCAUUUAAUUCAAAUGACAAAUAUUUGUGAACAAAAUAAUAUUAGGGCUAAAUAAUUUUUAAGUAGGAAAUCUGCAAGCCUUACAAAAAAGCAGUCUGAUUAUUAUUCACAGUCCUCUUUUUUUCUGUUUGUGGUGCAGGAGAAAUUAUCACCAAAACAUUGAGUUCACGAAACUACCAUGAAGAAUUCAACUGAAAUACUGUUUGUUCUACAAGGACUGAAUGAGACGAUGUCUACCAAACAAACAUACUAUGUCAUCACUCUACUUGCUUACCUUUUUACAAUUUUAGUGAACCUGACUUUGAUUGCAACAAUUAUUUUGGAGAAAACGCUCCAUGAGCCCAUGCUUAUAUUUCUGUGUAACUUGUGUGUAAAUGGGAUAUUUGGUGCCUGUACAUUUUAUCCUAAAAUAUUGGUGGACCUUUCAUCUGAAUUGAGUGUCACUCCAUAUAAAGCGUGUCUAGCUCAAAUAUUUGUAAUAUACAGCAGUGUAUUCUGCGAGUUCAAUACGCUAGCAGUGAUGACGUAUGACAGGUAUAUCGCGAUAUGCAAGCCUCUCAAUUAUCACUCCAUCAUCACGCCUCAGAAGGUUGUGAAACUGCUGCUUUUCACCUGGCUUUUUUCCAUCUGUGAAUCUGCUUUUGCCGUGGUCCUGAUAGCCAGAUUACCUCUCUGUGGUUUCAAAAUUCAAAGGAUUUAUUGUGGGGUUUGGGCAGUGGUGAAGCUGUCAUGUGUGGACACCACAAUCAACAACGUAUACGGGACAAUUCUCAUGAUUUUUCACUUUUCACAGGUGGUUCUCGUUUUGAUUUCCUAUGUCAAUAUCAUAAAAGCCUCUGUGCGAUCACCGGAAGAUCGGAGUAAGUUCAUGCAGACCUGUUUGCCCCAUUUAAUCGCACUGACCAGCUUCUCGUUCGCAUUCCUUUUUGACCUCCUGUACGCUCGCUAUGGUCCCACUGACCGUCUUCUGGCUUUUCGCAACUUCAUGUCCCUGGAGUACCUCAUUGUUCCACCGCUCCUAAAUCCCCUCAUCUAUGGCCUGAGACUGACCCAGAUCCGCCGGAGAAUUUUUAGACUUCGCUGCCAGAAAAUACGUGCUCUAAAGUGA